AUGAAAACUGUAUCUGUAGGCACCUGGACAGGAGCAGGGCAUUAUAGCUAUUUGUAUCUGGUUUGCUUUUUCUUCUUUCCGUAGGGAGAUUACAGGCAGAAAUGGGGAAACACCUUGACAAUAUCAGUGAACUCCAUGAAGAAAUUAGGGCACAUCUUGAAAAUAUUAGUGAACUGAAUGAAAAAAUUAGUGGACUUCAAAGAGAACUUGAAUGGAGAAAAGCCCUAGUUUGUCCAACGAAUGUGACCCUGGAUCCAAACACAGCAAAUGCCCAGCUCAUCGUGUCUGAGGAUGGGAAAAGCGUGAGGCGUGGAAUUGCACGGCAGGAGGUGCCGGACAAUCCAGAGCGAUUCCAUUCUUUCUGUUUGCUGGGCUGUGAGAGGUUCAGCUCAGGGAGACAUUACUGGGAGGUGGAGGUGGGAGAUGGAGGGUUUGGGGCUGUGGGUGUUGCCAGAGAGUCUAUGAGGAGGAAGGGAGGGAUCAGAUUUAACCCUGAGCAGGGGAUCUGGGCUGUAGAGCGGUGUGGGGAUCAGUACCGGGCUCUCACCUCCCCAGAAACUCCCAUGCCCCUGAGUGAGAGACCUAGGAAGAUUGGGGUUUAUCUGGACUAUGAAGCGGAGUGGGUGGCAUUUUAUGAUACUGGUAAUGAGACCCUGAUCUUUUCUUUCAUGUCAGCAUCUUUCACAGGGGAGACAAUCCUUCCCUUCUUCUGGGUGGGGAUUGGAGUCCUGCUCAGAGUCUGCCCCUGAGGCCUGGAGAUGCGGAGGUAGCAAUAUCCCACUGGGGUUCACUCUGGUUCUGGACCAGAAAUGGACUGAACUAGUUGUUGUCCUGGGGACAGCUCAGGUGGUUUAAAACACACUGCUGUGG